GCUGCAAUUGUUUCUCGGGUUCGUGUGUUCUGUGCCUUUAACAAGAGCAGGAUACUGUCUCUUUAAAAGUGAUGAGUGUUGUUUUGUAGGAAGCGGUCCCUUGGCGACGCUUCAAAGCUGCGGCUUUAACACGAAUUUCCGCGCAUUGUCCGAGUCGUGAUGAGGAAAAGGAAACGUGUGAUCUGGGGGCUGAGCGCAAUAUAAAAAAAGCCAGCAGCAGUUUCGGGGCCUUGCAGAGCUGCCGAUCGGAAGACAGAGAGUCAGCGUCCCCGCUCCAUCCCGAGCAAAUGUCAGCAACAAUCGAGAGGAAAUCGCUGGAAAAUGCAGAAGAGCCGGUGGAUGAGGUUCUGCAGAUACCUCCUUCAUUAUUAACAUGUGGGGGCUGUCAACAGAAUAUUGGAGAUCGUUAUUUCCUGAAAGCUAUCGAUCAGUAUUGGCAUGAAGACUGUCUGAGCUGUGACUUGUGUGGCUGCAGACUGGGAGAAGUGGGUAGGAGAUUGUACUAUAAACUAGGCAGAAAGCUCUGCCGAAGGGACUACCUCAGGUUAUUUGGUCAAGAUGGACUUUGUUCUGCCUGUGACAAGCGAAUCAGAGCCUAUGAAAUGACAAUGCGAGUCAAAGACAAGGUUUAUCACCUGGAGUGUUUUAAAUGUGCCGCUUGUCAAAAGCAUUUCUGCGUAGGAGACAGAUACCUGCUCAUCAACUCAGACAUUGUCUGUGAACAGGACAUUUAUGAAUGGACUAAGCUCAAUGGGAUGAUCUAGAAUUAUACCUGAUACCUUGCACCUAUUGAUCUCAUAAGUAACUGUGUAUAUGUGAAUUCACCCUUUUGUAAGAAACUGUAAAUGUUAAGGACUUGUACAGAUAUUUUAUUAACACAAGCUGUGAAGGUUUCAUUUAUAUACACAAUUUACUGUGAACUAUUAACUUCUGCAGCUUCAUUAAAGAGAUGGAAAUGAA